AUGUCACAACAACUUAUCUCUUUAUUUCUUGAUAUUGUUUCACAAUUUCCUAAUGAUACUGAGUUCAAAUAAAAUGACAUUUUCUUUCCUAUAUAAUAAGAAAUUACCAACUCAUUCUCAAAUUUUUCAGAUAUUCAAUAAAAUACUUUGCUAAACUCUCAACAAAGUUAUGGCUUGAUGUUUGCUUAAAAUCCCAUUUAAUAAAAUUUUGAUAUGGACUAUUAAUUUUAACAAAAAUAAAAUGUCAUCAAAAAUAUAAUUAAAGGAUUUUCAAAAUACUUAAAAAGCUUGAGCAACGAAAAAGCUAUGUAAAGGUUUAGUGGUAUUUUAGGAUCUCACAAAAAUAUUACCAAUAUUAAGAAAAACUUCCUUCGUGAGAUGAAGAAAAAAAAUAAUAGGUGGAAUUACAUUUUAAAAAGAAUGAUAUCUAGUAAAAAUCUAAGCAAAAUUUUCUAUAGCUAUUUAGAAAAAGAAUCAAAUGAUUGGCUCUUUUCAUCAAAAACAGAUGAUAUUAUAUCUCAUCAGUAGAUGAUUAAUUUAAUAAAAGAGGCCUUACAAUAAGAAGUGUAAGUAAAUAUAAAAACAUAUAAAAAGAAAUGA